GACAUGUUUUACAGAUGUUCGACAACAUGAAAUGUAAAUAUACACACAAAAAAAGUACAACAUGGUUCUUUAAGAGUGUACUUGGUGCCAAAUCAGCAUGGUAUAAGAGAACACUUCAGGACCACUGUUAUAGGAAAAUAAUCAACUUCAAGGUGGUAACAGUGACUCCGCUUUCCAUCAGAUUGUAUCAUGCUAUCCCGUUGUUGAUUAUUUUCCUAUGACAGCACACCCCGUUGUGUUUUAUUGCAUAAUAGACGUACAAACAUCACAGUAAAACAGCACUAAAGUUAGAGGCAUCUGUAAACAAGAUUUAUAGUUUAACAGUAACUCUUACGGCAUUUAUGAGAACUUGGAUGAAUAUUUUAAGCUGUGGCAUUAAUAGGGAUCGGGAAUUUUAAGAUGACAAGUUUUAAAAAUGACUCCUGAACCAAAGCCAGAUACUUAUGUCUACGAGGCUUUUUAGCUCUUCUCUUUUAACGACUUCCAGAUAUGACAGACCAGACAGGAAAUGGAAGCUGCUGCUUUUUUUGAGAUUAAGGAAAAAAAUAAAGAAACAUCAAGAUGAUGUGAUGAGUCAAACAUUCCUUUUCCACCACAUUUAUUAUUGCAUAUUUAUUAUUGUCUUAAGGAGGCAGGAGAGGGUGAAGGUUUAAAGAGAAAAAAAAAAAGCUCAUGCUUUAAGAUUGUCGAAGCUGAAUGGUUUGAGAAACACAGCUGCAUCCUGAAGGGCUUUUUUAGAGUGGCCGUCUCGAAGAAAAACACUAAUCCCGCCAUUGUCAUCCUGUCCUCUCCCGCCAAUCCACACAGACUUUCUCUGGAGCAGAGGAGGCAGCUGAAAGCGACCAUCCGACGGGAAGUGUUUAAUUAGCGUCCCCUGCUCCUGUCAAGAAGGAGGGUCUUGCUGUUGAGUUCAGCAGACAGAGGAGCGCAAGAGCUCACGCAGCACACACCGUGUGAGAGACAGCUGAAGAUUUGGGAGCUGCUGAGUGACGCUUCUACUAUUACACGCUGAUAUUUGUCUCCACCUCCUGCCUUUCAUUAUAAAUGGAGCUCACAAGAAGCACAGGGAGAAUUCUGAACAGCAGCAUUCAAGCAUUGGAGACUCUGACACGUGGGAACGUGCAAAGCAACCCACUUAAUUUUUUCUAAAAAGGACGUUAGUUUAAAAAAAAACAAAAAAACUACAAGAUGCUGAAUGUAGGGAUCUUCAUUUUAAGCUUCUGUUUCACCGCUGGGGAAGGCUAUGCAGCUGGCAAGAGGCCUUAUCAGAUUCAGAAUGGGCCAUGCAGCUACACAUUUCUUCUGCCUGAGCAAGAGACAUGCCCUCCGAGUAGCUACGGCAACCAGGUGCAGAAAGAUGAUCCGGCUGAAUACGAGGAGUCACUACAGAGGCUGGAGCAGUUAGAGACCAUCAUGGAGAACAACACUCAGUGGCUGCUCAAGCUGGAGAAUUACAUCCAAGAGAACCUGAGGCAAGACAUGGUCCAGCUUCAGCACGACACCGUGCACAACCACACGGCAGCCAUGAUCGAGAUCGGCACCAACCUCCUGAUUCACACCGCAGAGCAGACGCGAAAGCUCACCAGUGUCGAAGCCCAGGUUAUAAACCAAACAACACGACUGGAGCGUCAGCUUCUCGAGCAUUCAAUCUCAACAAAUAAACUGGAAAAAGACAUUAUCCUGCAGACAAAUGAAAUAACUAAACUCAAUGAUAAAAACCGCUUUCUGGAAAAGAGGGUGGAGGACAUGGAGGGCCAAAGGCAGGCAGAGCUGAAGAGCCUGCAGGAGGAGAAGGAGCAGCUGAAGAAGCUGGUGGAGAAGCAAACAGGCAUCAUUGAGGAACUGAAGCAGCAUCUGCAGCGCACCUCUGAGGAGAACACAGCCCUGCAGCAACAGCAGCAAGAGCUGGCGGAGACGGUCAACAACCUCAUCCAAACAAUCAACAUCCCCACCCAUAAAUCAGCGAUGAUGCAGGAUACUCCCUCACAGUACAAAGACUGCGCUGCCAUCUUUAAGUCCGGGAACAAAGAAACUGGAGUCUACACGCUAACCAUCCCAGACACAAAAGAACAAAUAAAGGCAUACUGUGACAUGGAAACCGAGGCAGGUGGAUGGACAAUAGUGCAGAAGCGAUUCAGUGGCCUUGUUGACUUUGAUCAGACGUGGAAAGAAUACAAAAUGGGGUUCGGAGACACUUCAGGUGAACACUGGCUGGGUAAUGAGUACAUCUCAAAGCUGACUAAUGAUCAGCAAUACGUGCUGAGGAUAGAGCUCACCGACUGGGACGGGAACACAGCGUUCUCUCAGUAUGAUGAAUUCUCCUUGAGCAGCGAAGAGCAGAAGUACAGGAUACACCUUAAAGGCUACAGUGGAACUGCGGGUAAAAUCAGCAGCCUUGCCCAGCCAGGAAGUGAUUUUAGCACAAAGGAUGCAGACAAUGACAAAUGUGUUUGCAAGUGUUCACAGCUAACCACAGGAGGCUGGUGGUUUGACGCCUGCGGCCCUUCCAAUCUCAACGGUGUAUACUAUCAGCAUGGGCAGCACACCAGUCGCUUCAAUGGUAUCAAAUGGUACUAUUGGAAAGGCUCUGGAUAUUCGCUCAAAGCAACAACAAUGAUGAUAAGACCGGUGGAUUUUUGAGGAACAAAUGGGGCAGUAGUGGGGCAACAACAUUUUCAGAACUGAUAUGGGACCUUAUUUUUUGACAGGGAAAAUGCUUGACCAUGUUGAGCAAGAAAAUCCUGCAAAGAAGAAAGCACUUGAAAGAAACUUACGGAUUCAAAACAAAAUGCUAAAUCAGUAAGAACAUGUGAUUAACAUGUAAAAAAAAUAAGUCUAAGUAAGAGGAAACAGCACAAAGUAUGCGCAAGUACUGUUAAAGAAGGCCUUACAUUGGAUGUACACCUAUGGACUGAAUGGUUAAUAGGGUUGUCAUUAUUCCUUAUGCAAACAAGCUAAUGGGGUCAAAUGUAAUAUUUGUUUAGAGAGUAUAUUUCUGAAUUUCUUGAUAAUAUACAACAGUUACUUUGAUAAGGUUUGAUAUAGAAAAUACAAUUAUGGUACAAAGGUAAAGGAAGAGUGAAUGAAGCAGAAGGGUCCUUACACUAACACAGUAAACGGAAAAUAUGUCCCUUUGUUUACAGCUGUUUACUGAUUUACAUUUUUUGUAAUUUUAGUACUUUUUGCAAUUGUUAAUAUAUUUCUGAAACAUUUACCCAGACAUGAUAAAAAGAAACGAGUAUAUUUUGCACAAGAUUCGCCUCAAGUUAACAAAACAUUAACGGCCGUGUGAGACGUGGGUUGGUUUUCUCAAAAAAAAAAAAAAAAAAAAAAAAAGGCAUGCUUGGUGUUUGGCCCCAGGAUAAGUAGUGUAUGUGAUGUAUUUGUUCACUUCUAAUGAACUAUGGAAAAAGCCAUAGUUGGAUAAUUCACUUCUGUUAGCAGUUUUAAUAAAUUAUCCAAUUUUUAGUUAUCACAGUUUUCCAAAAAUAUUGAUAAUGUGUAAUAUCAGUUUCGAAAUUCUGAUACUCUUUAUACCGUUUCUUUGACCUCAUUUAUUAGAAGGCAACUCACCACACUAGCAAUACCAAAUCUAUAGCUAAGUUGCCAAAAGGACUGCAUUUAUCACCAAUAGACUAUAACUACAUUUUCACUGCUGAGGCAAGACUUUCUAUUUAUUUAUUUUUUUUUAAAUUAAGAUUCUUUAUUGGGGCAAAAAAUUUUAGUUUAAACUUUAAUUACAUUUCUUCGUUGUUCUUUUUUUUCCCCCAGCACAGAAUUUGUUUUUUUUUUUUAUUGAAGGAAUCAUGGACAUAAUCGUACCAUGAAAAUGAUCAGAAAAAAAAAAAAAAAUCUGAAGAAACCUUGUUUAACACGUUUUACUUAUUAAAGCUGAUAGACAUGUUUUUGGAUAUUUAUUUGUUUGUAUUACACAUACUUAAUAAAAGGUGUACAUUUUUUUUUUGUUAAAAUGUCAUUAAAAUUGAAGUAAUGGUCAA